UACGGAAAGUUUUUCCAGACCUAUCCGAUGGCUGGCUCAUUUGACCAUCCUGCCUGGAGCAAGAUGACAAAUGGAGGCGGGCACCCCCACUUCAGCAAUGGAAGCCAGGGUGGGGGCUCCCAAAGCACCACACGCUACAUGCUGAAGAAACAGCAGCGCCACAAACACAGGUCCUCUGCUAUGGGCAGGGUCAUUCUCAUCAAUGCACCUGUAGAUGGAGGACAUGACAGUGAUGAUAUUCAUACAGUGACAGUCAAUAAGACCCCAGAUGGGCGUCUUGGCUUUAGUGUCCGUGGGGGCUCCGAACAUGGACUUGGAAUAUUUGUCAGCAAGGUGGAAGAUGACAGCUCUGCAGCACAGGCUGGGCUCACUGUGGGAGAUAAGCUGGUGGAGGUGAAUGCGGUCAGCCUGGAAAGCAUCACCAUGAGCAGCGCUGUGAAGGUCUUGACGGGCAACAACAGGCUGAGGAUGGUGGUGAGGCGCGUGGGAAAGAUCCCCGGCAUCCGCUACUCCAAGGAAAAGACCACAUGGGUGGAUCUUAUUCACCGGCGGAUGGUGGUGGAGGAGAACGGUCGUACACUGUCAGAGGCCAGCUCAGACAGCGCUCUCCGCCGGAUUGUACAUCUCUUCACCACAUCAGAUGACUACUGUUUGGGCUUCAAUAUCAGAGGCGGCAAAGAGUUUGGACUGGGCAUUUAUGUCUCAAAGUUGGACCCAGGUGGGCUUGCAGAACAGCACGGCAUCAAAAUGGGUGAUCAAAUCCUUGCUGCAAAUGGGGUGAGCUUUGAGGACAUCACCCACAGCAACGCAGUUGAGGUCCUGAAGAGCCACACUCAUAUCAUGUUAACCAUCAGGGAGGUUGGAAGAUACCCCGCAUACAAGGAGAUGGUGGCAGAGUAUGGCUGGCUUGAUAAAUUAGCCAAUGGUGGCCCUGCACUAUCUUCUCAGGGUUCAGACUCCAACUCCUCUGUGUCCUCACUCUCCUCCAGCACCCCUGUCAGCUCCCUCAGUGGUCUCUCCCAGGUCCUUUUUCCUCCGGUUUUUCGUUCGGAAAUGGUGGAUGUGGCCAUCUCCACAGCGGAUCGCCCUCAACAUCAGAGCAGCGCAGAGCGGACUGCAGACACUGCCAUGCAGACUGACCCUCCAGCUUCAGACUUCAUGGAGCACCCUUCACCUAACAGGAUGGGCUCUGACCAACUGGUCGGCACAGAAACCAGUCGGACUGUGGGUGAAACGGUGCUGCUGAAGGACACUGUCGUACGUGGGAAAGGUGAGGGGCCAAGGGACACGGGAGGAGCCAGAGGGGGCCGGGUGAGAACACUGUCUGCUGGGGACAGGGAUGCUGAAAAACGGUCUCCUAAAACAGAAGCUCUGAUGGCCCUGAGCAAGCCACGAAAGCCAAUCCGACGUUCCCAGAGCCACAUCACUGUGUCAGAGAAGAAGAAAAAAGGACAACAAAAGGAAAAGGGCUCAGCAGAAGGUAAAACAAACCUGCAGCGUUCCAAAACCUUUGUCAACCUUUUGUUUAAGAAAGAUCAUAAAGAGAAGAGUCGCUCCAAGUCUCCAUCUCAUCGUCCUAAAGAAAAGGAGCGAAGUCGUCCGUUCCAGCUCUUCUCUUCCCCAAGGGAAUCCCGUGCCGGCAGCCCACUGCCCCAUCAUGAGACGUUGCAGCAUGUGGAAGACAUGUCAAAGAAAUUGCUCAGUCCAGACGAGGCGGCUGCUGUGAUGAGACAUUGUCGGCGGUUUUUGUCUGACAAUGAGAUUGAGGAUCUGAUCCGCCCCCUGCUGGCAAUCUUGGAUCGACCAGAGAAGCUGCUUCUGCUCAGAGAAAUAAGAAUGCUGAUACCCACUGCUGCGUUGGGUCGUUUUGACAGCCUGGUGAUGCCGUUUGAGCUGGAAGCCUACGACAUCCUCAAGAGUCGCUCUAUACGCUCUCCAGCUCUUCGCUCACCUCGCAGUGGAACCCCUCGGCGUCACCUCAUCACCCCAAUCCCAGAUUACAGGGGUGGAUUUCACCUCCAGCCAGUUCAUGACACACAACAGGAGCGUCAGCUGAUCGAAGAGUUUGAGAAACUUCGUUUGGCCAGCCAACACUCAGGUUACCUGCCACCAUCCCGUGCCUUCGCCCCUCUGCUAGAUGUGCCUGUGGAUAACUAUGCAUCUCCCACUGCACGCUCACGCACCCCAAGCCCCUCGCCCAGUCACAGUGUCCUCCUCACUGGAUCACCUUACAGCACCCAGCGUGGACCCCAACCUCACCGCUCUACGAACAGGAGAGAGAAUGGAACACCCAGGUACGACCAGGCAUCCUUGUUGUCUGUGUCAGACCAUGGAGAUGCUGCUCCUGAGCGCGGGAGGUCGCCUGUGAGGAACAUUCAAGGCAGAGGAAGGAGGGAGGGGAGUCCUGACAGCAUAUAUGGCAGACAGAGCAGCCAGGGCAGCUACACUGAGGUCAGAGUUUGGGUUCCCUCACAGCAGAGAGGAAGAACCCCUCUGGCUCAUGUGUUUGAUUCCCACAUAGAGAGAAGCCCCUCCUCGGGUAGAGGGAGUGACCUCCAGGUAAAUGGACACGUUCGAAAUGGUCAAGAAAGAAGAGAACAUGUACCAACUGAGGAGUAUGAAAUUACAACACUGACCAUCUCCAAGGCCAAGCAAUCACUGGGUAUUAGCAUCUCUGGGGGUAUCGAGUCAAAGAUCCAGCCUGUGAUAAAGAUUGAGAAAGUUUUUCCAGGAGGAGCUGCAUCUACAAAUGAGGCUCUGAAGGCAGGGUAUGAGCUGUUGUCUGUCGAUGGCGAGAGUCUGCAGGGAGUGACUCAUCAGCACGCUGUGGAUGUCAUCCGUCGCUCUUUCAGCAACAAGGCCAAAGACCCAAUGGUUUUUGUGGUCAAGGUCCCAAAGGUCCCCCUCAUCCCCACCGGUCCUGUGAGACCUGCUGAGUAGACUCUGUGCACCUCGCCAGCAGACUGCUGCCUAAGCAUAAAAGACAACAAAACCUGCAACUCCUAAGGGAAACAAAGUGAAUCAAUCAUACUGUUGUAAAGUUUUUUGCCACAUCGACAUGUGAGAUGAACCUGUAUGACUUUUAUAACCUUUGACUAAAAGCAUGAGCUCUGGCACUGAUGUGUUGUUUUUAUAAAGGACAGUUUAUGACAAGAUUAUUAUAUGAUUCAUAUGCAUGCCAUUGGUUGAUAGCGUGCCACUCUUCAGCAGGCCUAGCCGUGACCUUUUAGCACUGUCUGACAGUGGACUGCACUUUACUGUUCUCAGCCCGGCAGCGCUCGCAAAGACCGCCAGAAGGAGAUUAUCCCCGCUUGUGUUAUGGGAUUUAUAGAUUCAUACCCAGAUUAAAGCCCUGUAUUAUGUCAAAACUAGGAGUUUGAUUUUAGUGGAUGUCUGGGGUGGGGGGAUAAUUAAAAUGUUCUGCUCUGUAUUUUUAUAUUGCUUUUUUUGGCAGAAAUAUUUGUACUCUGAAGCAAUCCGCCACUUUAGAGGCUUAAUUACAGCAUGCUGUGGUCAAAGCUUAUGCAGACAUGCAAAGAAGUUGGAAAUCGCAUCACUGGGAAAUGCCGGACUUGAAUGCUGGUGGCAUGGUUUAAAUCAGAGCAAGGGAGCGGAGAUAAGAGCAGGAGAAUGUGCUGUGCAUAGUGCCUUAUUUCUGUGGAAGAGCAGUGGGAGGAGAACACUGAUAAAGUAUUACUCAAAAAUUGUUCUGAAGUGAAAGCUUUAUGCCCACGCAUGUGGUUGCAACUCAAGGACGUAAAUUGUGUUUCAAUGUUUUGUGUUGCUACAAAUUACAGGGAUAGUUUUUUGGACUUAAUUUCAAUAUUUCUGUAACUUGAAACCACUGAUUUGUAAACGUGUCCUUUAGAGAAAUAAAGAAAAAAAACACAAGUGA